AUGGCAGGUGCCCGGUUGCCACCGGAGAAGCUCAAGCAUGCUAUGUCACUUUCUAGGUUCCUGUUGCGGUCCCAGGUCCUGAAGCUGUACAGAGAUAUGAUGAGAGUGGUGUACAACAUACCAGACCCCGCCCAGCGGAAGGCUCUCAAAGACUUCAUCCGGCACGACUUCGAGUGUAAUAAACAUGUCCAGGACGAGGAGGCCAUUAAAAUGCUUUUAAGUCAAGGGAAGAUAUCUCUCAGAGAGCUUGAAAAUACUGUUCCAAGGGGAAAAUGAAAGCUACUCAUAAUCCGGAUUGCUUUUAAAAGAUACAGGUCUAUUUUAAGAAGUUUUCAGCAGGUUCCUACAAUACAUAUCAGUGUAAAAACAGACAGAAGUACUGUCCAGUCACAAUACAAUACUGCCGGAUACAAAAUGAGGUUCUGGCCAAUCACAGUAUUCAAUAUGGAAUUCAUUGAUGUUGAGGUUAGGCUCAAAAUGGAAAAGACGGAAUCGGCUCUCCAUCCCUGGAAUCAUCCAAAGCGUGAUGAGUGUUUUCUCUUGAAGGAGAAGAGCUGACAUUUAGUUCUCUGGAUGGGAAAGAAUGUAUAAAGAGGUUGAAAUAAGUGAAAAACAGAUUAUCUCCAUCAGCAGGGACCAGUCUAGGUUAAUUUUGCUACCGAUACUGAGUAGCUUCCCUAGCAGCUAAACUGACCCUCUUACAGUAUGUUACCCUUGAAUCUUACAAUAUAUUCCAUAUUAUACAAAAAUUACUGUUUUAACUGUUGGAUUUUCCUAUUUCAACAGAAAUUAAGUUUUUGAUCUUUCAGUAUUAUUUUUUUUUUUUUUUAGAAUUUGAUGGAUCUUUUAUAUUCUCAAUUUUAGAAAAAGAAUAUUACAUUAUUCCAAAGUUGUUUGAACAAUCAAUCACAAACUGCUGAAAAACUGUAAAUUGUUUUCAGCCCAGGAAGCAUCCUCCUUAGGCCCUUUGGAACUCAGGCUAUUUUCCCCUAGUCACGAAAUGGGAAUGUCCUAGAUUGAUCCCUGAUCAGGGUAAGAUAUUGUGGUGCUGUUUUCAUAAUCACUUAGAUGUUAUUAUGUGGUAUAAGAGUGGGUAUGUGUUUAGUGGUAUUUUUUUCUUUACAAGUUUUGAGUGGUGAAUGUGAAAAGCUGGCUUGUUGAAGAAAAAGAAUUACAUUUCAGAAUUAGUUUGAAAUAGGACAAUUUGUAUUUUUUUACCUUUGAUGUAUUUGGUUCUAGGUAUGAUACAAUGUAAUUCAAAUUAUCUACCUAUACAGUUAUGUGGCAAUGUUUCUGUGGUAAAUAUGUCAUCACCACAGUUCAUUGUAAAUUGUAUAUUAUGUUAUAUGUUCUACAUAUCCUGAAAUUUUGAUGGUCAUUUCUGUGUUGUUUUUGUCAAGUUUGAAUAACAUAUUUUAUCAA